AUGAUUCCCUUGAGAUAUCUGCUUCUUGGCCUGGUUCCCGUCAGGGACGUCAAGUUACUAGCAUCGCGGUCCCACUUGUUUGCCUGGUCAGCUACGAGGAUGAGCUUGGGUCCUAGGACCUCACUCAGAGCACUUGACCCAACCUUGUCAGCUACGAGGAUGAGCUUGGAUCCUAGGACCUCACUCAGAGUACUCCCAACCUUCUCAGCCGCUCGCGGGCGGGCAAGGAUCUCAGCCACAAGCUCUUGGAAUUCAUAUCUCAAUCUGGUGUGCGGGAUACUGGGGGUUGAUGAUGCGGCGAAAACGAGCUUUCAUGUGUAUUUUGUUGCACUGGAGCUGCACAAAAAGGACUUGGAAAAGGAGCUGGGGCUGCAGAAUGAAAUGGAGGACAAGAUGCAGAGGAAUCAAAAGUACCUUGCCCAUUACUACAAGCGUGAAAUAUCCACCUUCACUCAAAGAUGCGUCCUUGAGGAGCUGUUCAGGGAAGUAGUGUGCAUUGUUCAAGAUUCCGAGGAUCAUGCGCUUCAAUCUAUGUUGCCGAAGACGGUUCUCAAUACGAUGCAGAGAGGAGAGAUUUCUAUGUCUGACGUAUUUCGGCUCUUGAACGAUCCGGAACACGCAAGCUUUCGACGGAAUGUGUGGAAAACGAUCGGGUUACCACAGGACCUUGUGUUACCCCCGUUUGAUCCAAGAACGAUGAUGUAUGUGCAGCUCGCUGAAAUGAUACGCUGUUCACCAAGAAAGUAUGUGUUUCUACAUUCAAAUGCAGAUGACAGAGAGAUCAGAUUUUUCAGCGAGGUUGCAAAGCGUUUCGAGAAGAAGGUAGACUAUUUCGACCCCGUGUCGGCAUUUGCGGGAGAGAUGAUCCUGGAAGCGGAUGAUUACUUCCCGCACAACCGAACGAAUUUUGAACCCUAA